AUGGAAAGGAUAAGGAGUCUGUGCUUCCUGGCUGUUGUGCUAGCAGAAGGUGAUAUGAGGUGUAGCAAUGACAAGCAAACUCUGCUGCACAGCCCAAAAAUGUUAGACCUGAGCUUCAGAUGUUCCUGCAUUAAAGGGGGAAUGUUCCCUGCUGCUCUGACUGCUUUCUCCUCGUGUCCAGUCCUAGGUGGGUGCCUUGGCUCGGGUGAGGACAAUCAGUGUCCCGGGGCUGUGGCGGUGCAGAAGCGCAUUGACUGCCACCCCCAGCCAGGUGCUUCCCAGGAGGCCUGUGAGGCGCGGGGCUGCACCUGGUGUGCUACCGAUGUGGCCAACGCUCCCUGGUGCUUCUUCCCGGAGGACAGUCCCUAUGGCUACUCUGUGGGCGGGAACACCGUGGAGACAAACAAAGGCUGGAGGGUAGCCCUGAACAAACGGCAGGCCCUGUCUCUCUUUGGAAAUGACAUUUCCCCAGUCAUGUUGGAAGUGGAGUUCCAGACAAAAGACAGACUUCGGUUCAGGGUGAGUAUUUGAGGGGAGGGAGGGAACCAUUUAACCAAAUGAAUGCACACUAAUGCACCUGCCUCUUCCUCGCCUUGCUUUAGCUCUAUGAUCCCAACAGAGAGAGGUUUGAAGUCCCACUCAAGAUUGAUUCCCCCGGUGUUACUGCUGAUGAGGC